AUAGUUUGAUAAAACGGCCUUGGUCCGUAAUUAAAUGACCUCUCCCAUUAGGCCAUUAUACAUUUAUACCAAAGACAGACUCGUUGAUCUCUUCUAUAAAGAUCGGUUCCUAAUCUCCCACUACUAGAUUUUGAUCGGUUUCUGGAAUAAGAAGAAGAGGAAAGAAAGGAUGGGGAGAUUGUUCUUGGUGAAUUUGGAAGGCAAGUCUUACAGUUGUAGGCACUGUAAGACUAGUAUCGCUCUCUGCGAUGAUGUCGUCUCCAAGUCUUUUCAAUCACGCCAUGGGAAAGCUUACCUCUUCAGUAAGGUAGCGAAUGUGUAUGCUGGGAAGAAGGAAGAUAGGAUGAUGAUGACGGGUAUGCACACCGUUGUCGAUAUUUACUGCGUCAAAUGCGGCUCUUAUGUUGGAUGGAGAUAUGAGUUUGCUUUUGAGAAGAACCAAAAGUACAAGGAAGGCAAAUCUGUUCUCGAAAGGUACAAGGUCUGCGGUCCGGAUGGGAACAAUUACUGGGUGGCGGCUCAAGAAGUUGAAGCCGGAGAAAGUGAUACUGAUGAAUGAAUGAAUGAAUGAAUGAAUGAAUGAAUGAAUGAAUGAAUGAAUGAAUGAUAUGCUUCUUCAUCUCAAUAAUUCACCAUAUCUGAUUUGUACAUUCUCCUCUCCUCUUAUCAUUCUUUUUUCAAUGUCUUCUUCUCUGUUCUCAUUUUGUGAACCAUCCAGCUUCCAUUAGGACUCCUUCGGAGAUCAACUGUUUGUGUUGCAACUACUUGUGGAACACAUGCAAUUAUAAUUUAUCUCAUUAUCUUA